GCGGCCGAGAGGGGCGGGCCGGGCCUGGCGGGGCGGCAGGGGCUGCUGAGGGGGCCUCAAGGCCUGCCGGGCGCCAUGAGCCAAGGCAGCGGAAGCGGCGGCGGCGGCGGUGAGCCGGAGGCCAAGGCUCUCCACACCAAAAGGCUCUACCGAGCUGUGGUUGAAGCAGUGCAUCGAUUGGAUCUCAUUCUUGGAAACAAGGCAGCUUAUCAAGAAGUAUUUAAGCCGGAGAACAUCAGCCUGAGAAACAAGCUCCGCGAACUCUGUGUAAAGCUGAUGUUCCUACACCCUGUGGACUAUGGGAGGAAAGCAGAGGAACUGCUGUGGCGGAAAGUUUACUACGAAGUCAUUCAGCUGAUCAAAACAAAUAAAAAGCACAUCCAUAGUCGGAGCACCCUGGAGUGCGCUUACCGGACUCACCUGAUUGCUGGCAUCGGGUUUUACCAGCACCUGCUUCUCUACAUCCAGUCUCACUAUCAGCUGGAGUUGCAGUGCUGCAUUGACUGGACCCACGUUACGGACCCCCUGAUAGGUUGCAAGAAACCAGUCUCUGCGUCAGAGAAGGAGAUGGACUGGGCUCAGAUAGCCUGCCACCGAUGUCUGGUCUACCUGGGGGAUUUAGCUCGCUAUCAGAACGAAUUGGCAGGUGUAGACACAGAAUUGCUGGCUGAAAGGUUUUACUACCAAGCUCUUUCUGUCGCCCCACAGAUUGGGAUGCCUUUUAACCAACUUGGGACCCUGGCUGGGAGUAAAUACUACAAUGUGGAAGCUACCUAUUGCUACCUGCGCUGCAUCCAGUCGGAAGUGUCCUUUGAAGGCGCUUACGGGAAUCUCAAGCGCCUCUACGACAAGGCAGCCAAAAUGUAUCACCAGCUGAAGAAAUGCGAGACCCGGAAGCUGUCCUCCAGCAAAAAAAGGUGCAAAGACAUUAAAAGGUUACUGGUGAGCUUCAUGUAUUUACAGAGCCUCUUUCAGCCAAAGAGUAGUUCUGCCGACUCGGAGCUGACCUCCCUCUGCCAGUCAGUCCUGGAGGAAUUGAACCUCUGCCUUUUCUACCUGCCCUCUUCACCCCACCCGAGCUCCACCACGGAGGAGGAGGAGGAGUGGGAGAACGGCUGCUCCUUCCUGCCGGACCUGCUCAUCUUCCGCAUGAUCGUCAUUUGCCUGAUGAGCGUCCACAGCCUCAAGAGGGCAGGUAAGUGGCACACCUGGCAGCCAGCGUCGCAAAAGCUUGUUCCUGUCUUCUCUUUGAAUGUGCUUGCUCGCACAGCUGGCAAUCAGAGAACGACGUAUCUGUAUAGAAUUACAAGCUACUUUAUUGAAGCUUCUAUUUUGGGACAGCGCAUCAGGGACGCAGAAUUCAGGCCGCCAUUAGAUGGCGGCAAAGCAUCGAGAGUCGUCUUCUACAUCUCGUUCCCGCCACCUAAUGGCCGCCCAGAUAUUUUUGCAGGAACGUUCGGCUCGGUUGUGGUCGUACCUCGAGGACUAGCUGUACCCGGGGGUGCUUUUGCCAACAGGUUUUCUCUCUCUCCCCUGCUGCCUUGUUUCAACCUUCCUCCCUUCCUUCCCAGGAAUCUCUAUAAGAUCUUGGACAGCUGUAAGCAGCUGACCGCCUCUCAGGGAGGCAGCGAAGACGACACGGCUGGCAUGGUGACCGUCAUCACCGGCUUCCAACUCGAGGAUCCCAGCAAACUUUCUGCUCCCAUGCAGUCCGCCAUCCAAGCAGCGGCCAGCGCCAGCAUUGAGAUCCAGAACGUUGUGGAGUUUUACAAGCAGUGGAAGGAGAUGGGCUGAGCCCCUCGGGACCACCGGGUUGGUUGAAGCUCCGUCUGCCCGUCUCUGGACGCACCGCAUUGGAACGAAAGAACGUCAAACCGCAGGCGCUCACUUGGACACGACGCAACCGCGGUGGCAACCCACCAAAAGAAAAAACCCGAGCAACCGGGGUGUGUGCGCCAAACACACAGGCGCGGGGGGCGCGCACACACACGACACGCACGCAACUGCCCCGCCAUCACCUCCCCUCCCCGCAGAGGAGGUGGCGCGCGUGGGGGACAUCGCAGCCCUUCUUGGGGGAGAGUGGCGCACCUUGGCCGUGCCCCGGAGAGACAGCGGCGGGCGGGAGGGGGGCUCCGUUCUCGACGCUCGUUUGGUUUCUCGUCAGAAAAGGCGCCGGCGGCUCAGCUCCCGCGUUUAACAAUGAAACAAAACGGAAAUUCCCUUGAUUUUUGCCCCCCAUCCCACCCUCCCGUCUCCUCACUGCAGGAAGAAACCUCCCCAAGGGUCCUGCGUGAUCCUGGCGGGAAUCGAUCAGGAUCUCCAGAGGAGGCUCUCUUGGAAACCCAGCAGUGGGGAAAGGGGGCACGCUGUCGUCUUCGUUUUUAACUUAAAUGUUCCCUUUUCCCCCCCUCCCUUACUGUGUUUUUCGGGCGAAAUUGACUCGUUUUGAGGGGGGGAUUCCCCGCAUUCCGGGUUGAGACAGAGGAAGCUGGGGUGCUGGUCGGACGUCGAAACUUUGGAAAGGAUGGCCAGAGUCGCAAGGGAACCGGGAAGGUUUUAGGACGGGAAACUAUUUAUUCCUGCUCCCCACCCCACCCCGCUUUUCUCUUUCUCCACCUUUAAAAAAAAUCAUUCUUUUCCUCUUAAGCUGUCACAACCACACCUUCCUUCUCCGCAGCCCCGGAGCCUUUGCAUGCUGUCUUCCCUCACCCCUUUCCCGGAUGCUGAGUGCGGGUGAGAAUCCCUGCAAAAGAGAAAGGCCAGCCGGCUUCUUUCGUGUCACUUCCUGCAGAACGGAAAAAGGGGCUUUCUAGAUGGAAAAAAAGGUAGAAAAAUUAAAACAAAACAAA